UGAAAAUUUAUCUUUACAAUUACAAUGUGGCGAUUUGUACUAGAUAAAAAAAAACGAUGUAGCGGAUGAGUGACGAUUUCCAUAGAAAUUGGAUUACUUAUAGCCAAAGUCUAAGAUGAAAAAUGUAAAAAAAAAAAACCUGGCGUUUAACUUGGCGUUUUAAAACUAUGAACAUAAUGUUUUAAUUCCUCAAUUAUAUGAAAAUUAUAUAUAACUUGCCCCAGUUGCUAAGAGCGGGGAGAAAUAUAGCAUAGAUUGGACCUAGUGAGCAGACUCUUUCCCCUCUCUUUUUGACACAAUACGAUCUCAUCGCUACAAGGCCAAAUCAGUUUUGUUUGACCUGAGGAACAAUCGUGCCAAGCGGCAUCGCCUGAGACCCCAACUAAUUCAAGUUCGAAAUAAUUAUAAACUUUGGAAGACUUUAUUUCGGAAACUAUUAGGUCUGCAGAGUCACUUUUAGUCUCGUAUUGUAGUAAAUUUAGUCUGCUUUUAAGACGCCUUGAGAAGGUACAAUCCAAAACUAGUCUUUUAGGGUACUUAAAUUAAAAUAAGUUUUUGGCAAAAAAUUUAUUUUUGGUACAAGCUUUUAUCGCUGACUGUACUUUUCUUUCCACAAGUAACUAAUACUCAUCGAGACAAUUCUAAAAACCCCAAACACAAUUAGGUUACGUUGUGUUAUCACAGAGUUCCUAUAGCCACCUGCUGUCUCCAUCAUCAGAUUAUCUCGAUGGUACCAUAAUAUUGCAUUGUCACUUACAUAAGUAUGCAAAUUUUCAGCUUCAUCGGAAACCGGGAAGUGGGUCAAAUUUAACUUGCAAGAUUUGAUUACAAACAGACAACGGUCAGGUCAGGUGAAAGUAAAUAAAAGGUAACAUAAAAGCUUAUAACAACACGAACUUUUCACGGUUUUCUUUAUUUUUGACAAAGUUGCGUUCGGUGCUCGAGGUCACAAACUUAAUUGGAUUAUUCAUUGGGCCAACAUCAUAAACAAGCCUGCAAAAAAUCAGAACUACUUACCGGAUUUGACGCAAAUGUUAAUUUUUUUUUUUUAUGUAAUAGGCUGCAAACGAGCAGACGAGCCGCCUGAUGGGAAGCAGUCAUCGCCGCCCAUGGACAUAAGCAACAUCGGUGGAGCCACUUAUGCGUUGCCAACCUUUGAGAACCCUAAAAACCUGCUUCUUGAAGAACCCCAUGUUAUAGCGCAAGGGAAACACCUCAGAAGGUAGUUCAUUCCACAACUUGCACGUUCUGGGAAAAAACGAGCGAGAUGCCCGCUACAUUUACUGGAUUAAUAUUACCAGGGUUCAAUUUUAUAGAGCUAUACGCCAGCUAUAAUUUUACUCGUCCAAACCAAAAGUCCUCUCUUCAUUCAUCGAGGGCGUGCCAUCACAUUUUACUGGUAAAAUUUUGCUUGUAGUUGUAUAAAACAUGAUUUCAUAAUAAUAACCUCUAAAAUAGAGGGGUACUAUAAAUAUUAAUGGAUGCGCAUUAGGAUUUCACGUAGUUGAAAUGUGAGGUAGAAUGUUUUUACCAGAUAAAUAAUAUAGUACUCACUAACAAUGAAGUAUUUUCACUGAACGCAGCCAGGCCAAAGGUUGAAUGUCCGUUCCACAGUAUUAUCCUUAUAAUAAUAUGUAUGUAGGUAUAUAUAAUGGUAUUUAUUAGAGAUGCCACGAAUAGUGAAUUGGCCGAAUACCGAAUACCGAAUAUUCGGCAACGCUGUCGGCCGAAGCGCCGAAUAUUCGGCCGCCGAAUGCUUGGUGGGUUUUUAUUUGAAAACAGUUCGCCUAGAUCGGAAGGCCGAUCCUUACAAGUGGUGGUCAGCAAACGAAAAACAAUACCCGAACCUUUCGAAAUUUGCAAAAGUUUAUCUUUCUUCGCCUGGAAGUAGCGUUUGUAGUGAGAGGUUAUUUUCUGAGGCUGGUAACGUUUACGAUGAAAAGCGCAAUCGUUUGCUACCAAAAAAUGCUGAAAAGCUCGUUUUUAUCCAUCACAACUUACCACUGAUUAAUUUUAAGUACUAAAAUGAUGUAAUUUGGAAAUAAAUACAUAAUUUUGAGUAAAUUAACGUGUCUUUUUUUACAUGAUUUGCUAUUCGGUAUUCGGCCGAAUAGUACGCACUAUUCGGCCGAAUACCGAAUAGCAAAAAAGUGGCCGAAUAGGCCGAAUACCGAAUAGUUGCCGAAUAUUCGUGGCAUCUCUAGUAUUUAUAUAGCAAUUUGUCUAUAUAUAUGUAGUAAUAUCAUUUAAAAUUGUAAAUAAUAAAUAUUUUAAUUGUAAAUAAUGUCAUUAAUGUCCAAAAUUGUAAAUAGUUUAUUGAAUAUUACCUAUAGUCGUCAUUUAUUCUGAAUUAUUUUUGUCACUGCACCCACUUUCGAGAAUUUCAGUUUUGCCCUAUGGUUAACUGGUAGAGAAUGCCUUAAGGCAUUAAGUCCGCCAUUUGUACUUAUUUUUAAUGUGCAAUAAAGUUUAAAUAAUAAUAAUAAUAAUGGUUUUUUAUCCCAUAGCCCAGUAUUUAGUCCAUCGCUUUCACCCAAUAGCCCAGUUCAUUUUAGAUUCCAUUAACUCUCAAAUAGUCCUUACACCCUGGCGGGUGCUGCCUCUGCGUGCGUCCCAUGACACGGGCAAGGGCAACAUUCGCAAGGUGUACCCCUUACAUUUCAUUAAAGUGUCAAAAGGGCCUCUACGUGUUGGCUUCGGCUCCGCGCACGCCUCCCAAAGGUCCGGAACACCAUUGUUCCGUGAUGGGAAAGACGUAAUAAUAAUUAUGACGAACAACUAUCGGAAAUAUAUCCUGAAGAACGGUACGGUCGACAUUUGUCGGGCAUGCCGCAGAUCCGGAGAGUCACUCAGGUAUAUCAUUUCCGGUUGUUCUCAUCUUGCUAACGGCGAGUACUUGCACAGACAUAAUCUCGUAGCCAGGAUUAUUCACCAGCAACUUGCUCUUCUAUACGGCCUUGUGGACCGCGAAGUACCGUACUACAAGUACUCACCUGUGCCAGUUCUCGAAAAUGGUCGUGCCACGCUCUAUUGAGAUCGAUCUAUUAUCACGAUGUCAGGCUUAUUGUAGCCAAUAAGCCUGACAUCGUGAUAAUAGAUCGAUCGCAACGCCGGGCCGUGCUCGUCGACAUCACCAUCCCCCAUGAUGAGAAUUUUGUGAAAGCCGAGAAGGCAAUGAAGGAGAAGGACAAGUCCAGUAAGUACCUAGACUUGGCUCACGAGAUAACCGCCAUGUGGGAUGUUGAUUCGACGAUCAUUGUCCCGAUAGUCGUUUCAGCGAACGGUCUCAUAGCGAAGAGUCUCAACCAGCACCUUGACAGACUCUUGCUAGGUGGUUGGAUCAAGGGUCAGAUGCAGAUGGCGGUGAUCUUGGACACGGCGCGGAUUGUCCGGCGGUUCUUCUCUCUGCAGCCCUGACCACCGGCAGCUUGGGCCUUGCCCCGCUGCUGGCGGCACCCUAGGUUAGGUUUUUUACAAUGUGUUUAUAUGUGUUUUGUAUAAUUUUUUUAAUGUGUUUUUAUAUUUUACUUUUAUAUCCAUAUUGUAUAAAACCUCAAUCUAAGAAGUAAGAGAAAUAAAGUAAAUAAUAAUAAUAGGUCAAAGGAUGAACUUCCAUUGUAUAAUCGAGCCAUCCUUAUUUAGACCAAAAACAGAUUACUAGGAAGCUUAGCAACUCAUUACUAUAGAGGAGUUUAAUUUUAAAACGGAUUUCCAUUUCGAAAAUGAGUCUCGUAGUCUAAUAGACGCUUAAUUGCAGUCGCGGUAAUUAAAGCGUCGUAAUGUUUAAGUAUAGCUAGAAAUUAUGUCGCUUCUGUUUUAACAAUUAUGUUUUUGUCUGGUUUUGAUAUGACCAUAAGUCGGUGUACUUCGUGAGCACCAAUCAACGUGCUGACCAAAUAUCGUGUCAUUCACGAAGAUGCGUGACUUGACUCGUAAUGUCAUGUUAUUAAAGGUUACAUUUGACAAAUCUGCGUGUCAUCGUGGAGGACUCGAACUAUAGCGGCUCACGCUGAUUGGUGCUCGCGAAAUGCAAUCAGCGGUGGCAUGGUUCCAUUUUUAUCACUUGUCACUAUGCCCGUCACUUUCGCGCUUACAUACUUGUUAGAACGUGACAGGCAUGGAGACAAAUGAUAAAGAUCCGACCAUCUUAGCCCUACAGGAGUCUUCAUUAGGCGUCUGGUUUCUACUUAUUAAAAUGAAAAAUCUUUCUUUCAGGAAACUAGUGAACCAUAAUAGAUAAAUACUUUAUAACUAUAUAAAAUAACACUAAACACUAUUUAAAACACAACUUACACUAAACACUGUUUAAAGCCUAACCUAUCUAAUAGUCAUUGGUGCGCUUGAGACGUAUCAAAUUAAGAGCGUAUCAAAUUUUUAGAGCCGAACCUGUCUAAAGGUAGGGAAACCGAGAUAACUUCUAUAUUUAAUGCAAGUAGUUGACGCAAUCCCGUAAACAAUUAAGUAUUUACCUACUACCUAUGAAACUUGAAGUUGAAGUGAUUUUAUAAGCAGAACAAUUAAGAAAGUAUGGACGUUAUCACUAAUGUCUCUCCAUAUACAUACUGUAUACGCAAUUUGAGAUUUCAAUUCUGUUAAGAACCAGCUGAGCCCUUUCUCAGAUUUGAGAAUGUUAUCUGCGAUAAGGACAACUGCGUAAAAAUUUCAGAAAUUAUCGAGGUUUCGUUCUAGAUAUUUUCUUCCUCCAAAAUAAGUUUCGACCAAUGGUAACGAAAUUUUGGGACCGGAAUAAGAAAGAAGUUAUCUGUGUCUGACUGUUUUGACUUUUGCGUUUAUUGUUGCCGAUUUUGUAUGCUAGGCGUCUGUUUACGGCGCAUUUUUUUUCCGUUUUUCGCGCUGUCGGAAUUAACCUACUCGUAGUUCUUAUAAAAACCAGAAUAUUAAAAAAAGCAAAACGUACAGACACAGGUAUUGGUAAUAUUAAACUCGUAUAAAAAAUAUUUAUCUGGAACCAAAAUGUCGAGAACGUUAGGAGAUAUGCAACAAUUACCAGUAAUGUUUCCGGUUAAGGUUGUCAGAUAAUCUAACAAGACAAUAUCUCUAUAGCAGAGUGUGCAAAAUAAAGACGACUGAUACCCCGCAUACGACGCGGCGAGAAUCGUCAAUGUGUCAAUUGUGUAAUUUUCGGUGCGGCCAAAAGUUUUGGCAGGUUGUUAGGCCAAAACUGAACCCUCAGCCGAAACACGAUUAUAAUGCCUAAAAAGAAACCGAAAUGAAAUGAAAUAAAACUUCCGAAACUUCGGUAGGACCCUAUUUUUUUAACACUUCAGUUAUUUGCGUAUGAAACUGCCACCCUGCUAUUAAUACUGACUGAGUGCAAUAUUUCCCGUUUUUCCUUUAGGUAGGUAUCUAUUGAAUAAAAAUCACCUUAUUUUACCGAACUAUAAUACUUUUUUUGUUUAACAUAGAGGUAUAGUUUCCAAAAUUAUAACACAAGCCUAGCGAGUAGUUCGAAAAGCGGAAUCUUAAGCGUUGUGAGGCUUUCAAGGCAUGAGGGUUAAACAAACUUUGGUACCGAGUACCGAGUGAAACACAAAAUUCACCACACUAAUGCGAGGAAAAUGCUAACUGUAAAACAUUACAAAACAAAUCCAAGCAAACAUUAUUAAAUAUGAUGGAUUAUUCAGUCAUCGCUUAAAAGUACUAAUAUUUUGAUUGAUUGAUUGAUAUCAUAUCUAUUUUUAAACAGCAUCCAAUCCAAUUAUAAUUUAGGAAAGUACAUUUAUUUUACUAGACAUGUUGUGGAUUCUUCGCAGCCACGUGCCACGACAACACGUGGCACUUCAUACUAUUUUUUAUCAAAACACCGGCCAAAAGCAUGUCGGGCUAUGCUCAGUCUAGGGUUCCGUAGUUACCUGUCAAUCACAAUAGACCUUGAAGGGGUGCUAUUAGUAAGUAUCAUGAACAUAACAAGCAAGAGGGAGUACCUACACAGCGCUUUGAUAUAUACGUCGUUUUACUAUGAAGGGAAGACUUUUUGCGAUAACUCAAAAACAGUUUCACUGAUCAUGUUUGCUAUACUCGUAAGUAGUUUCUAUUGAAAUAGAAAUAGAAAAAAAAAAAAAGGAAAAGGAAAAGGAAAAGGAAAAGGAAAAGGAAAAGGAAAAGGAAAAGGAAAAGGAAAAGGAAAAGGAAAAGGAAAAGGAAAAGGAAAAGGAAAAGGAAAAGGAAAAGGAAAAGGAAAAGGAAAAGGAAAAGGAAAAGGAAAAGGAAAAGGAAAAUGAAAAGGGAAAAGGGAAAUGGGAUAUGGGAAAUGGGAAAUGGGAAAUGACAAUGGAAAUGGAAAUGGAAAUGGAAAUGGAAAUGGAAAUGGAAAUGGAAAUUAUUGAAUGUCUUUAGUAGCUUUUAUUACCGAAAACACUGACUUUAUCAAAAAAUGUGUGUUAAAGACCCCUAUUCAUUUUAAAAGACCUACCUAACGACACCCUACAUCGUAGAGUUGAAGAAAAAAGAAAUCAUACCCACUUUAACAAAAAUUCUUUAUACGUUUUAAUUUACUACUUUGUCGGAUUGGUUAAUUUAUAUAUUCAUACCGAAUUGCAGCUUUCUAGCGUGUUCGUUAGUAGGUACACAAAGCAAAGCCUCGGACAAACAGACAGACAGACGGACAUUGCGAAAUUAAAAGAGUACCUAGUUGACUACAGAACCCUUAUAAAAAUGGUUGCGUGUUUUGUUUAGCUGUGCCAACAUUCAUUCAAUUGUUACUUGUUAGUCACCGUAAAGGCCAGUCCCAACGGGCACAAUUUUUCGCCUAUCUGAUUAAAUUUUCUGCAUGAUCAAAUCAGAUGGUGCGGACGAAACGCCAAUUUGACUCCCCAAUGUUGACCGCCGAUUAUGACCGAUAUUACCGAUAAAAUGGAGGUGCGGACGCAAGAAUAUCAAUUUGUGUCGCGUUUGGGGGCAUUCUUUUUUUAAUUUAGAGCGCUCAAGUAUUAAUAAAUCGGGUCUCUAUUGUUUCCCAUAAAAUUCUAAGUCAUAAUGUAUUGUUUGUCCGCAUUUUCGUUAGCCAUAAUUUGGUUUUUCUCAGAAACGCGUAACUUUUCAGGAUUGCCAUAAUAAAAACCUAACCUAUCUAUAGGAUAACAUAAAGAAAAAAAAAUGAAAAGUUAACGGUUCAGAGUUAUGACUAAUGAUAAUAUGACUAUCAAUACAUUAUGACUUUCGAUAAUUAUGCGAAAGAAAGGGAUCCGUUAUAAAUCUAUUAUUGGUGAUUAAAUUAGAGAUGACGCCAAUUUAUUUUCUAAUCAAAACACAUUUUUGAUACGUUAAAGGGAGAAAAGAUCUAUGCAAAGGAAAAAGAGAGAAAUGAAAUAUAGUAUUUAUUCAAAAACUUAUUGUGGUGUGCAAACAUUACCUUCUUUUACUUGCGCAGUUGAGUAAAUUAUUCGAACGUAACAACCCAAAGCUAUUUUUGGUGGUGGGCAAUGUUGCCAUCCAUAGGUCUGUAAAUUACCGAAUUACUGUCUUUAUUAGGCCUUUUUAUUUUAAACCUCAAUAGAAAUAAUCUAUGCUUCAUGUUUUAUAACUGGAACUUGGAAGUAUUUGUCAAAGGUUUCUAAAUUUUUCUAUACAUGCUUUUAUUUUUCAACAAUUGCCCGCAUAAAUAUACCCUACAUUUGACAACCCGCAGAAAAUUUCCAAGUUAAACACAUGUGUGUUAUAUAGUUUUGUUACAAAUGUAACCUAUUUUCAACUAAAAAUAGUGUUACUACACAUACGUAUACGUUUAUCUACUCGACGACUUUGUUUAAAAAUGUGUUUUUGGGCAAAGUUGACUAGUUAUGACGGUACUCGAUCGAGAAAAUCUAUUUUUAAGACAUGGCACAAAAUUUGUAUGAAAAAGAAAAUGUUGAUAAAUAAAAGGGGCCUUCCCCUUCCACCAAAACUGUCAGCCCAGUGCUCAUCUGAAUCUAAGCCAUUUAGAUAUAAGCAGAAUUUGCUGUAUUGUUGAUAUCGAACCGCCGCCACAACACAUAAACUAUCAAGCCGAAUAAAAGCCAAACAAGGAGUUAGGCCAUAAAGCCGAAAUGGGGCGUUAUUCCUGUAAUUUAUCACACCGGUCUUCGCCGCAUUCGGUAAUAAAAAGAAACAAAACAUACAUUAUCAUCACUCAGGGCUUGAUUUUGAAUCACUGAAGCUUACGCGGCAUAUUGCACCUACAAUUUAAAAUUCUAGGAAUAGUUCAUAAAUAUUUGAAGAUCUCUUUCUAUCGCACGUGUUAGAAUACUAUUUUUCUUUAUACAAAUUGUAUUACGUAUAAAACUCAUCCAUUUCUCUUUGACGUCGAAUUUUAAUAAAAUACUAGACGUGCCCGCGGCUCCGCUCGCGUUAUUGAGAUAAAGAGUUUAUCUUAUGUUUAAAUCUUCUCUUCUCCUUCUUUGUCGUUGUACUAUUUGCAGAGCGUCGUGGUCAACUGCUGACAUCAGACGCAGAUGUUGCUUACCGUACGAAAACCACCAACCAACCUUAUUAUGUAAAGUAUACCUAAUUGAAGGGAUGUUUACAAUCAUUGGGCAUGAUUAUCCAGGAAAUCGAUAUAACAAAAUUUCGCUUUAAAUAAUAUUACCUACUUAAAACUUGAUUUUCAGAGGUUAAUUAGGGUUGUUUCUAAUUUUUUGAAACGCUUGUAAUACGUUCUAUAUUAACCAAACGUUGCCCUAAAAUUCAACUUUUACCCUAAAAACGGCUUUAAAUAUUAACAUAUUUUCGCUUUUCGCGGCAGGCCCCCCCGUUGUCUGUCCGCCGCCUACUCAAGCCGUAGCCAUUUUGAUGGUGGGCAAUUAAUAGGGUUGUUUUCAAUUUUGUGAGUCGCUUGUAUUACGUUCUAUAUUAACUAAAAGGUGCCCUAAAAUUCAACUUUUAUACUUCUAUUUUAUACUUUAUACUAUAUAAAACAUACUAAAAACGGCUUUAAAUAUGUUAAAUUAACAAAAUAUAUUUUGACACAUGCUUUCGCGCCCAAAAAGCUCUUUGAAAAUUGUGUGACGUCACAGUUUACAGAUCGCUUUUAAAUAUUAGAAAUAUUGUGUUUCGACCUGGAUACAAACUUUCUAAAUGCCUCAAAAUGGUGUUAAAUGCCUAUAUAAGUUACUCCCAAUAGUUUAUUUUCGGUUAGUACCGGUUGUAGCACAUCACUAUUUAUAAGACGUAAAAAAACCAGCAACACAUGAAAUGUCAUUUUAGUCUACGGGAUAAAAAAAUAGACUAUAUAAUCCAUAAGAAUUUAUUGGGAUACUAUUCAGCCCUAAGAUUUCUAGAUGGAAACAACCCUAUAUUUCUGUGGCCCUAGUGAAAAAGGGUACAAGUCUGUAAAGGGUGUAAAGAGGUGUAAGUUCCACGUAACACUUAUGCCCUUAUACACCUAAACUGCCAGAGACUUGUACCCUUUUUCAGUAGGGCCACAGAUUUAUUUGUUUGAACGCUCUUUAUUUUUUGGAAUAAAUAUAAAUUAACCUUUGAAUGCAACCCCAGCAAGGCUUAUAAAAACUAAGAUUAUUCGGGGGGCAUAAUUAUUUUUAUUGUAACAGUUAUAUUUCGUGCGUUAUUCAUAAACGUCUGAUGAAUUUAAAAUUCUGUUGAAGAUUAUUUGUCCCUGUCUGUAGUAUUGACAUUUGUGUUUGUUAGAAAGUGGGAAAAUGUAACAGAGGUUUGCUAAGUUUUAUGAAUAGGGUUAGUUUACUUUGUCAAUAAAUGAUAUGAUUUGGAAAAAUGAGAGAUUGUAUUUUUUAUCCACAUAUUUGCAAACUAUCAGUACUAUCACACUUCUCGUAUGGGCAUAGAUAGACUAAGGUUGAUAGUAUAAGUAUUCAAGAAACGUGUCACCUAAAUUCCUAAAAUUUUGUAAGGCGCCAUCUCGCUUCGUCCUUCGUUUUUUUCCCUUUCUGGUAUUUUCAAUUAUAUACAAGGUGCCCGUGAGCAUUGCGAGAGAUUUUAACGGUGCAUUCCUGAUGGCAAUAGAAGCAAAAAAUGUUAUAUGACUUUUUGUGAAAUUUGACAAAAAAAAUUUUUUUUGGUUUUUUCCCUUUUUUUGAACACUCAUGUACAUAAAAGAUAUUUUUUAUUGAUAAACAUAUAACCUAAAAUUAACUAAAAAGUUUUUUUUUUUCAUUUGAGAGUAGCCUCACGAAUACAUUUUUUUAAUUUUUCGAUGUCAAUCAAUAGGUAUGUCCAGACUAGACCUCAAAGUGGCAAUACCGCAGUCAAAAAUGUGUUUUGUACCGACUUAUGGCGAAAGAAUGAUUUCGAAAACAUUUAUUAUCUCUGAAACUAGGCCUAAUCCAGAAAAUUUUAUAUGAUAUUUUAGUUUCUAAAUAUUACCAGGAAUGCUUAGUUAAAAUGUCUCGCAAUGCUCACGGGCCCCUUAUAUAGUAGCUGAAGGUAAUAUUGAAUAUUGAUUUGGUUUCAUAUUUAAAUUACUUAAUUUACAGAACAGUGGUAUUUGCUCUUAUUUACUUAGACAUCUACUUUAACUUAAUUUUCUUAUAUACGCAUAAGUAAUACUUUUUUGACAAUUAAUUUCUUAAAUACCUGCCAACAUCUUAAAACUCAUCUCAUUUAUCGAUGAUAUCGUGGUUUAUUACUAUUAAAAUAAAGUUCUUCAGCGGCAUUACAGUUAUUUCCAGUCUAUUAUUCAAAAUAACUUUUUGUUGGUCGUGUUGUCUCAAUGUGAUUGCCAUUAGUUAUUUCUUUAUCGAUAACAUUUCCAUCUACUGUGUUUGCUCAGCCGUGACCACUGAUCGCAUCAUAAAAACUCAAUGCACUUAUAAAUGGCCCUCCACACUCGUUCGCGAAUCAAGGCGCGAAGCCGCGAACGCGAGUGUGGAUGGCCCUCGCGUCGAUUUCGCAGAUUGUUCACGCCUUCGCGCCUUAUUCCCCGUUUUUUGUCGGUAUUUGGCCCGUGUCAAAGGAGACGCGAAGCGCGAACUUGCAAGACUCCACACUCGCAAUCGCUUCGCGCCGCGAUUCGCUCACGAGUCGGUUAAUCUGUUAAACUGUCAACCUUCUAUGGCGGCUACUUGGUUAUAUUGGGUGCGAACUUGAUCAACAAAAAUCAAUUUAACAGUUCCCAGUUUGAAUCAGUGCCUUGCCGCAAACUAAAUCCGAUCAGCUGACACUUCGGCUCCAUCUUGCCGCUACCCAAACUGCGAAAUCGCUGUGAAGUUGUGCGAGUAUGUAGUCUACGUCAACGUCGCGGUAUGUUCGCUCCGCGAAGUCGCGCUGCGAUUCACGCGCAUAGUCUGGAGGGGGUUUAAAAUCUAACGAGCCCUCCACACUCGGAAUUUUGACUCUUAGAGACUAUAUUUCUCUAAGGAUAAUUUGAUAAAAGUCAGUUAGUUCUGACAUUUACAGAUAUUUACACCUCUAAAUAAUUUUAGUUUUUUUUUUGUAUGUUUGUUUUUUUAUGAUUAUUAUUUUAUUUAUUUUUUGUAAUUGUAUUUUAUACUUAAUUGUUGAUGUUUGUAUGUAAAUUCCAUGUUGACGUGUUAAAGUACCCUUGUGGCCUAUUUGCUGAAUAAAUGUUGAAGUUGAAGUUGACUCAUGCGCGAAUCACGGCGCGAAGCCGCGAACGUAAGUGUGUCGUCGAUUUCGCAGAUUUUUCACGCCUUCGCCCCCUAUUCCCCGUUUUUUGUCGGUUUUUUGGCCCGCGUCAAAGGAGGCAUGAAACGCAAUCUUGCUUGACUCCACAUUACACAGUAUUGUGGCUCAUUUGUGACAAGAUCAAUAUUUAUUACAUUAUAUUAAGCGGCUAUAUUUUACGUUUUUACAAAAAAACAAAAUGAUAAAAUCGCUACAACAAUAACAAUGCUGCUGUAACUAACUCACAGUUAAAUUCAAUCAGCUGAUGCUUUGACACCAUUUUGGCGCGAACUAAACUGCGAAAUCGCCGUUAAGUUCUACGAGCGCGGAAUCAUACGUCAACGUCGCGAUAUGUCGCGCCGCGAUUCACGCACAUAGUCUGGAGAGGACUUAAAUAAAAAUCUUAUUGAAAAUUUAUCCCGUGUUACUUUCGUUCAUCACAUGGUGAUAUUUACGACGUCUCUGAAUAUAUCUACACUAAUUUAUAUUUCCUAAUCUCGUGUCUUCGCGCAGAUUGAACGUACGUACUUACAUAAUAUAAUAACGAAUAACCUUGAAUCAAUAUGCGAAUAAACUUACGAAGAUGCCGCGAAAAAAACGUUAUAUAUCCAAUCUUAAUAUUUCUGUGUAUGCUACUAUGUUGUGUAAUUAUAAAGAACAGAAUAAAAAAGAGCAAAAAUAAUAUACCGAAUAACGAAGUUCUAUUAACCAAACCGGUUAUAGAAAAAAGUAAAAAGGUAUUAGUAUUACCGACGUUAGUGAUGGCGUGCAACGUGCAGUUUCUAAGACGAUCUAUAGAAAGUCUCCAGAAUUUCAGACCAGACCCAAAAUCCUUCCCUAUUAUAGUAGCCUCCAAGUCCGCCAACUGCUAUUCCAAAGAAACCCACGAUUUAAUUAACUUUUUCCACCAGCAGCUUACCACCACCUUCUUGGAAAUACCGAAACAGACUUUCGGUCAUAACUAUAAGUAUGCCCUUAACUAUGUUUUCAAAACACUAAAACACAAAGCAGUUAUCGUCCUUGAAGACAACUUGGAUGUUUCUCCUGACUUUUUUGAGUAUUUCCUCGGAACUUACCCACUUUUGAAAAAAGAUCCCAGCAUAUGGUGUGUGUCGGCAUGGAACGACAACGGCAAAAAAGGAGUAGUGGAGGCCAGAAAACAUCAUUUGUUGCACCGGACGGACUUCUUCCCAGGCCAUGGUUGGAUGCUCUUAUCUGAAACAUGGGGUGAGAUAGAGUCAAUUUUGCCGGGGUAUUUUAUCGAUGACUUAAUGCGCAAUCCGGAUGUUACACAGGGUCGUGUUUGUAUUAGGCCGGAAAUAUCUAGGACUUAUAAAUUUGGGGUGUAUGAAUCAAACAAUGUAAAAGAACUGCCCUAUCGUCAUUUUGACAACGAGCAAAGAUUACUGAACACAGAAUUUGUACCAUUCACCCGACAAAAUCUUGAUUAUUUGCUUAUGGAACAGCAGCAUUUAUGGGUCAAUUUUGUAUACUCUUGUCCGGAAACGACAGUAGAAGAUAUUAAAACCGGAAAAGUAAAUAGCACUUCAAAAUAUGUCCGGAUAUCUUAUUCCAACGCUACAAUGUUUAAAAGAGCAGCAAAGACGAUUGGUCUUAUGGACGACUUCAUGCAUGGUGUGCCUCGGACGGGGCUGUAUGGAAUAGUGCAGUGCUUCAUCAAUAACCGCCGGGUUUUCUUAACCCCUGUUCGUAAACGAUUCAAGACUUACAUAAAUAAAUCAUUUUUAUUAUAAUUUUUCCAA